AUGCCGUGGCCCCGAUGCCAUGCACAGCUGACGGCCUUCCUUUGCAUCACGUGGCGAUGCGUGGUGCGGCAGCCCAGAUGUUUUUCAGUGGCGGAUGAUCCAUAUGACCCUGCUGGCUCGUGGCUCGUGGCCGUGCUCGGUUCGAGUUGUUGCAGUUACCGGAGUCGCGACAGUGCAAGCGACAGCAGCAUGGUGCAAUUGGAGCGCUACAGGUUGGACCAGGCGGAAGCCAAGACUUUGGAGCUGAAACGCCACAAGGCCGCGGUGGCCGCCAUGGUGAGGCCUACCUCGGAAGCCGCAAAGGCUGGAGGUAGCAUCCCAUGGCCGCUCCGCCCUGCGCAGACACGGGCUCCGGCAGAUCGCCGUUUGUUUCGUGAGACCUUCGAGGCGUUCCGGUCGAAAGAUGCUACGGGCCUGAGUGCAGAAGGCUUCACCAAACUGUGUCAGCACUGCUUCCUUUUGACCAAGACCUUCGGGCUGCAGGACGCCCAGCAACUCUUCUGGGAGGUCACGUUGCCGGGGACCGAGAUGGACCUGAACUGCUUUGAAGCGGCCUUAUCCUUGAUCGCCUGGCGCACCCGACGAAGCUCCGAACAUUUGAGACGUGCUGUGAUCCUGGCAGGCUUCGCUGAGAACUGCGAGAAGGUGUGGCAUAUCCGCGCGGAAACACGCGGUGCGGGCGGAGUCGUGGACAAUGAGACUUGCAUUUUGGGCGAGGGCACCUGCCACCUUGAUUGGCCAGGAGAGUUGGUGAUCCCAGAGAAACGUCAGAUGAUGUGCCCCUCCGUAGCUCUGACAGCGGAUCGCUUUGUCAUGAAAUCGGAUUCGACUAUCAGCACCAAAUCCACCAUCAAGAUCCAUGCCAGGACUAUGACCUUCAACAAGUGCGUUCUGACUUCUGGUUCCACCUUUCUUCGGGAAAAGGAUCAUUCAGCUUGUGAAGGAAUUCAGGUCAUGAACACUGAGCUCAUCGUUCAACAUAAGCUGGUCAUGAAAUGCCAGGAUGGCACCGUGAAUGUCACCGGCAAGUCGGCCCUUCAGGCUGGCAGCAACAUGAGCCUCCGAGCGAAGUUUGUCUCCUUCCCAGACUUCUAUGUGAAGCUCUUUGGAGGCCGAAUCAACAUCAGCGCAGAACAGCUGCACCUGGGAGCCAGUAUGGGUGGAACGCCCGAUCUCGUUGCCAUGGCUCAGUAUGAGGCGACCUUGGGCUGGUUGGGCGGCACCUGGACUCUGGGCUCCCUGGUGGCAGCUGCCGAGACGUUGAGCUUCGCCAUGGAUCACCGGGUGGAAGUACUAGGCACCAGCUGUGACAAUCAGGAGUUGCCUCGUCGCCAUGACUACUGUCAAGAGCUGCUUCACUCCUGGCCAUGGUCGGAGAAGACUUUGGGCGACGCGCUGUCGUGGGUUCCCGGGGUGAAGCCCCUCGACAUGGCUGAAUGGGAGGGGAGUGCCACUCCUGGGCCACUGGGCACCUCGCAACAGGUUUACCAGCGUCAUCUUUGCGUCGAGACAGAUGCACAUGAAGCCCAGGCGGGAUGUGGGGUCCAGUGGGUCGAAUUUGGGUCCGAACAUGGUCCCAUAGAUGAAUAG